AUGUUCCGCCGUCGCUGGUCUGGCCUCCCGGCCGACCCUCAGUUCGAGCCAGACCUCACCGAACUUGGCUAUUUCGUCAAUGAUGUCGACGAGAUCCGCUCGCUCGAGGAUCCCGAUUACUAUGCCAAGUUCUUCUUUACCAAAAACGAGCGCUGGAAUGAGCGCCAGCGCUUUGCCCUCAACGAUGCCAUAGGGAGGAUCAUCAAAGACCGCCUCGCAGCAGAGGGCUUAGAGACAGUGAAGCUGCCUCUGGGACAGACGGACCCGUCCAAGCCCCAUAUCCCAAUCUGCGUGUCUGCGAAUCUCAACAUGAGCUCCCGCGUUGUCUUGAUUCUCGGGGAGUCGGUACAGGAGUUUGGGGUGCUGGCCCACCGCGUGGUUGGAGGAUCCGGCGGCAUCAACAAGGGCUCCGUCGUCGACUUCGUCAAAGGUCUCAAGACGCAGAAGUCGUCGGCCGCCGACGCCAGCGCGCCGGGCAUUAUCAUCGCCAACACGGGGGAGCUGUUCUGGUGGCCCGAGGGCCACCGCGGCCUGACGCCGAGAGGCCGCCACGCUAUCCCCAUGGCUAGCGCCGUCCACUACGGCCGCUACUUCGACCCGUCCAAGAACACCAUCCCGGGCCAGCCCACUGCCGCGGAGCACGUGCGGUACAUCUUUGACAAGGUUAUUCCGGCGCUGGUGCCCAAGAACGCCAAAGUCGAUGUGAUUGCUGUCGGCGAUGCUGCCGACCAUGCAGAGCAAUAUCUCGACAACGAGGGGAAGUGGGCCGAGCUGGGCCGCCGCUUGAACUGCCUCGUGAACCUGGGCGGCUACUACGACGCUGCUCGUUUCAAGUGCGAAGGCUUCAAGGCCUUUAUGAAGCACCGAGCUCGGGCCUAUGUCAUUGACGACGCGCCGCUCGACACGCCCGUCGCCAGCCCUGACAGCAACCUCGAGAUAACCGGCUCGGUGGCGUACGGCUGUCCAGCCUACAGCGCCGGCCCCAAGGCCAAGCUGUCGGAGCUGCUGUUGAUCGAGGCAAAGCAGGCGGUGCUGGAGUUUAUCCAGGAGGUUGCGCUUGCCGGCAGCGACUACGUCAAUCCGACCUUCACCAUCAUCAGCCGUGGAGGCGACUCGGACGACGAGGACACCUGGGCUGUGGGUGGUGGAGAUGAGGGAGGAGAGGGCGGCGGCGCUGCCGGUGUCGCUCCUGGCGAGGAGGAUUAG